UAACCAAUCCGUCUAAAGUCCUCUUCUUUCUUAUUUAUCUUCUCUCUUUUUUUAAAAAUGGGUUCCCAACAUAUCUAUGUGUACCAUUGUGAACAAAGAAUCAGCUAGACAACAAGCUCCCUUCUCUAUUGUUUCCUUCCUUCCACAAAAAAAAAAGAAGUUUGUUUCUUUCAAAGUGAUGGUGUGUCAGUCACCUGGCAAGACAAGAUUCCGAGCAUUGAAACACGAGACAGGAGACGCUAACAGACCAACCAUUGUAGUUAGAGUUAUUGCAUGCUUUCAACCCAUGGAUAAUUGCCAGGCUGAAUACUUUAGACUUCUACUCAAACCAGUGACGUAGUUGCUUUGUGAUUCUCAGCUAUAUUUUGUUUCUUCCUUCUUUCUUGCACAACUUACUUUGAGAAAGUAACAACAAGUAUUUGCAUUCACCUGAUUGAGCAACUUAAACAAUCGUGUGUGUGUGUGUGUGCUCUUUUGAAGUUACCUUUUGAGUUAAAAACUCCAAGAGCAUGCCUCUUGAUACCAGGCAAUGGGAUUUGCCUCCUAAAGCUUGCUUUGAGGAUAUGGCAGCUCGAUUCCUCCCUGAUGCAACUGAGCUUCAGGCCCACUGUUUGCAGCCACCACCACCAUUCAAGUGGAGCCUUGAUAAGGAGUCUUGUGGGAAACGAUUCUCGCUCUCUGACAUGAGGUCUUGGUGCGCUGCUGCUACUCCACAUGGAGGAGCACAGAAAGGACUCAUGAUAUUAGAUCAGUCAGGAAACCAAACUCGUCUAUUACAAUGUCCCUUUCCCCUAACUGCAGAACCAUUUAAACUCUCUGAGGAGUUUGAUGAGAACUAUGGAAAAGAGUCUGAAAUGCAUGAAGACACUGAGGAGAUCAAUGCAUUGCUCUAUUCAGAUGAAGAAGAUUGCGAGAGCGAUGAUGAAGUAAUGAGCACUGGUCACUCUCCUUAUCAACAAGUUUGCAACAAAGGGGUAUCAGAAGAAAUAGAUGCUCCUUGUAAAAGGCAGAAGCUACUAGACAUCAGUCAAGAAGACACUGGUUCUGGUCUGAGCGACGAGCAGUCAAGAAAAGACAAGAUCCGCACAGCUCUGAAGAUACUCGAGAGCAUAGUUCCUGGUGCAAAAGGGAACCAAGCUCUCUUACUUCUAGACGAAGCCAUUGAUUACCUAAAGCUACUGAAACAAGACUUAAACCAUUGCUAGACAAGAAACCUCCCUCUCACCACCAGUCACUAGUCACCAGACAGAUAAGGCUUUGAAGAUUCUUUCACGUGUGAAGUGGCUUAGGGGGUCCCUAUCCUCUGCACCAGCUUUUUAGCUGUGUAUAUAGUGGAUUGCUUUAGGUAUACAUGCUUCUGCAUUUUCAGAAAGUUAAAAGAAGACAUGAGGUCACUUUCUUUCUGGUCAUUGAUGGGUUUAGUGUGGAUGGUGAAAUCAUAAAGGCAAAUAUUCAAAGUCUUUUUAUCUCAUAUACUCGCGUGGUCUAUGAAUCUCCCUCUCCUAAGGUUAUCUCUGACCUACCUACACUCUCUUUUGUCCAUAUGGUGACCUAAGUGGGUCCAUUGAUGUCAUGUUCAUUUGAUUAAUUUUUUAGUGUCUUUUGUAAUAAUGCAAACCAUUCAUUUUUUUCCCUCACUUGCUACUAUGUUUUGAUGUGUCUUUGAGUCUUUCUGUUCAUUGUUCAUGUUCUCUUAUGUGUCUUAUGUAUUGUCAAAAGAUGAUUGGAUUUUGUGAUUUUGGGUUUUGUAAUAUACCAAUGAUAUAAAGUUUGGUAUUUUGUUUGAUUAA